AUGUCAAGCGUCAAAGAGGAGUCAAAGCCGGUUGUCAGCAAAGCCGGCAAGAAGAGAGUACAUCGGCGACAACGAGCGAAAGAACAAAGAACGGCGGACAGCGAUAGAAGCAACGAUGAAGAUGAGUCUGCGCGAGAGACUGCUGCCGGAAAGAAGCGACGUCAAAAUCCAAUGUUACAAACGGUAGACUAUAUAGCUGAUAUGCAGAAAAAGGGUGGCAAGAAUAUUUACCUUGUCAAAUGGUCAGGUUGUUCAUCUGAAGCGUCCACAUGGGUUUCUGGAAGACAGUUUAAAGCACCAGAAAAGCUUAAAUUUGCUCGAUUGAGGAAUGUCGCCCGCCGAGUGAUAAAGAAGCUCCUCAAUAAGCAAAAAGAGUCAGUU